UGGCCGACUUGGACGCCGUGGCGUGAGCUAGCUAAGCGGACUUCGAGUUCCCGGGCACUGUACAUCUUCUUCGAGGGAAGUUCUACAGGGUUUCUCCGUCGUUUUGGCGCGCUUUAAAUGCCAAGAGUAACUUGGGAGCUAAAGACUGAAAUUUGGAAGUUUGCUAUCAAAGAGUUUCCCGCGACUUAAGUGCUGAACCGAGUAGGUGCGUGUGCGUUAGAGGAGACAUCCAGGCAUCUAGAUGCGGACUUCUUUCUAUCAGAUACUUGGGGUCGUUUCUGCUUAGCGGAAGCCCGGGUUGGGGCUCUUAGACCAAAGUUCUUGAUCGAUCGGUGAACAGGAUAUUAAACUUUGUAUAAAACCGACUGGGUUACUUGAAUAAGCAGGCUACUUGGGACGAACUCAGAAGUUUUCAUUUUAAAAGAAACUAAAUGAAUGAGAAAUAUAUAGGAUGGAGAACGAAAAGGAAAAUCUCUUUCCUGAGCCUAAUAAAAGAGGACUGAUGAAAACUCCACUGAAAGAAUCUACUGCAGCAAAUAUAGUUUUACCAGAAAUCCAGCCUGACCUUGGCCCUCUAACCACACCCACCAAACCCAAGGAAAGCACUCAAGGAGAACCCUGGACACCAACAGCCAAUCUGAAAAUGCUCAUCAGUGCUGUGAGCCCCGAGAUUCGCAGCAGAGAUCAGAAAAGGGGGUUAUUUGACAAUAGGAAUGGAUUGCCUGAGACCAAAGAUUGUUUACAUGAACACUUAUCUGGAGAUGAAUAUGAGAAAUCUCAACCAAGUCGAAAAGAAAAAAGUUUAGGAUUGUUGUGUCAUAAAUUCUUAGCAAGAUAUCCUAAUUAUCCCAACCCUGCAGUAAAUAAUGACAUUUGUCUUGAUGAAGUAGCAGAGGAACUGAACGUUGAGCGCAGGCGCAUUUAUGAUAUUGUCAAUGUCCUAGAGAGCUUGCACAUGGUGAGCAGACUGGCCAAAAACAGGUAUACUUGGCAUGGACGGCACAAUCUCACUAAAACCCUUGGGACUCUGAAGAUUGUCGGAGAGGAGAACAAGUAUGCCGAGCAGAUUAUGAUGAUCAAAAAGAAAGAAUACGAACAAGAGUUUGACUUCAAUAAGAGUUACAGUAUAGAGGACCAUAUAAUCAAAUCAAGUACUGGUCAGAAUGAACACCCAGAUAUGUGUUUUGUCGAACUCCCUGGAGUGGAAUUUCGGGCAGCUUCUGUAAACAGCCGCAAAGACAAGUCUUUAAGAGUGAUGAGCCAAAAAUUUGUGAUGCUGUUUCUGGUGUCAACGCCUCAGAUAGUAAGCCUAGAAAUUGCUGCCAAGAUUCUAAUUGGGGAGGACCAUGUAGAAGAUUUGGAUAAAAGCAAGUUUAAAACAAAAAUUAGGAGGCUAUAUGAUAUAGCUAAUGUUCUGAGUAGUCUGGAACUUAUCAAGAAAGUUCAUGUUACAGAGGAAAGAGGCCGAAAGCCAGCUUUUAAAUGGACAGGCCCAGAAAUCAGUCCAAAUCACAGUGGUAUCAGCCCAAUUAUUCCUUUUGCCCCCUCUAAUUUGGAAGUGAAGCAACCUUCAAAAGAGAACUGUGCCAAAAACCUCUUUUCCACACGUGGAAAACCAAGUUUUACUAGACACCCAUCUCUUAUCAAACUAGUAAAGAGCAUUGAAAGUGAUCGGAGAAAGAUAAACUCUGCUCCCAGUAGCCCUAUUAAGACCAACAAAGUUGAAAGUUCUCAGAAUUCUGCAGCCUUCCCAAAUAAAAUGGCUCAGCUGGCAGCAAUUUGCAAAAUGCAGUUAGAAGAGCAAUCAAGUGACUCCAGAAAGAAAGUGAAAAUUCAUCUGGCAAGAUCUGGACACUACAAACCUGUGGCCCCUCUGGAUACCCCCUCAAAUGCUGAGCUAGAGAUGACAGCACCAUCCCUCAUCCAUCCUCUGGGGGUGGUCCCCCUCAUCCCCAGCCCACUGUCAUCUGCGGUACCCGUGAUUCUACCUCAAGCGCCUUCAGGCUCAUCCUAUGCCAUCUAUUUGCAGCCAGCUCAAGCCCAGACCUUGACCCCACCACAAGGCCUGAGCCCCACGGUCUGCCCCAUCCCCUCCUCUGAAACUGUGGGAUCAAAAGACUCCACAGACGCCAGUGGUGAGAAGGUGGCUAAUGAUACUGCUAAUUCCAGUGUUUCCACAAGGCCUGGAAGCUUGCUGCCAGGACCAGAGAGGCAAGGUACAAAGAACCUAGACAGGGAGCCAACUGGAGAAAGAGGCUCAAAGAGGGCCAGCACACUCGAGGACAGUGGUUCCAAAAAGAGGUUUAAAGAAGAACUAAAAGGACUUGAAAACGUUUCCACAACCUUGUUCCCAUCAGGAUAUCUAAUCCCUCUCACUCAGUGCUCUUCCCUGGGGGCAGAGUCCAUUCUGUCCAGUAAAGAAAACUCAGGUACACUUUCCCCAAACCACAGGAUCUACAGCUCCCCAAUCACAGGUGUUAUUCCAGUGACAUCAUCCGAACUCACUGCUGUUAAUUUUCCCUCUUUCCAUGUAACACCAUUGAAGCUAAUGGUCUCUCCAACUUCCGUGGCCGCUGUACCUGUCGGGAACAGCACGGCUCUCACUUCGAGCCACCCCAUUCCCAUGCAGAACCCAAGUUCAGCCAUUGUAAACUUCACCCUGCAGCACUUGGGACUCAUCUCCCCCAGCAUGCAGGUGUCAGCCAGCCCUGGGGCCGGAACUAUUCCCAUGUCUCCAAGAAUAGAGGGUGUUAGUGUUGCCCCAGAAAAUGCAGGCAAACAACAAGGAAGGGGCACCAAGUAUGAUUCACCAGCUCCAGGCCAGAACCAGCUGAAUGGACAAUCAGUUGCUGUACCAGGAGCACAGCAGCCUGUUCCUGUGACACCCAAAGGGUCACAAUUGGUGGCCGAAAGUUUCUUCCGUACCCCAGGUGGACCAACCAAGUUGCUGGGCUCACCCUGCAUGGAUUUCGAUGGUGCUAGUAAAACCUCUAUAGGAACACUCUUUGUCCCACAACGAAAACUGGAAGUCUCAACGGAGGAUGUUCACUAACUGGCAGAGUUGUUUAAUAGAGAACUACUUCGGAAAACAUAUUCUUUGAAAAGACUGUAAAUAAGUUGGUGGUUUACUUAAUUUCAAAACAGACAUUUGUUUUCGUACAUACACACAUACACACACACACAUACACACGUGUAUAAAGCUAGGCUCAGCCUCUGUCCUACAAAAUAAAAAUUAAAUGUUGAACUAAGGUAUAUUAACUUCUAAGGGAAAAAGAAUUAUUAUUUCAGCUGUGCCUCUAUUAUUAUGCAAAGUAACCAUUAAAGUUUACUUCCCUUUGAGUGAAUAUGUGACAACACUCAAACUUUGCACAAAGAAAACACUGUGAUGUAUAAUGUGUAUUUUUAAAUAGGAAGGCUAUAGCUAUAUUUUUUGUAAUUUCUUUAACCCAUUGUUGCUACAGUACGUCUUUUUUGUGAAGUUUGCAACAAUCCUCAAUCAAGUCUAUGGAAAAAUUAUUUAUAAAAUGUAUUUUUAAUCAUAAAUUGUUCAAAUUAAAAACUUUUCUAAAA